GUGGUUUUUCAGAAGGCGAAAACGGUCACACUGCCCGCACAAAAGAAAAUUUUUGACGAAAAUUGUUUGAGAUUUCCGUUUCUAAUUAACAAUGAUGAAUUAAUUAACGCUGGAAUUAGCACAAGCUGUAACUUCAGACAAUUUCUCUGAUCCAGGGCAAUAGAAAGCAAUGGCUGUGCUGGGCGCCCAAUUGGUCAUCACCUUGGUGAUGGUCAGCGUUAUCCAGAAGUUGAGUCCACACUACUCGUUCGCCAAGUGGAUCCUGUGCCGCACCGGGCUGUAUCGAUACCUGCAUCCAACGGACGAUGAGCUGCGAUCCCGUGGCGGAGUGCCCAAGGAAAAGCCGCCCAAAGGCGGUCGAAAUAAGCAGGCAAAUGGAUCAGGAGCAGCGGCUGCACAGUUCCACAUACCGCGCAGUAUUGAGGUGGAUCUGCUAACGUCACCAGUGUUGGAGCGGGAUGUAGUCCACCUGCGAUACUUCACCGAAUACCAGUGGCUGCUGGACUUCAGCGUCUACACGGGGAUCGUCUACGUGGUUUCCGAGCUGUUCCACUUCUACUACCCGCUGCGCCACGAGAUCAACCUGAGCAUGGUGUGGUGCCUGCUGGUCAUCUUCUUUGCCCUAAAGCUGCUGUCCUCGCUCACGGUGCUCUACUUCCAGAGCGAGGAGUCCAUCGGAGAGAGGUCGAUGGUGAUUGUUGCCUGUUUGGUUUACCUGCUGGUGGCCAUGGUCGUGCUGAUCGUUGACGAGCGCAUUCUGGAGACGGGACUGGAGGAUGCCUAUGCGAGCUUUAAUGCCAGCGCGUCCAAGUUCCUCACCGAGCAGGGCCUGCCAUCAUCUGGUCCCGCCUCGAAGAUCGUGGUCAAGUUCUUUUUGGCCAUGGGUUGCGGCUUGCUCGGUUCGCUGUUCACCUUCCCCGGCUUGCGGAUGGCCAAGAUGCACUGGGACUCACUAAAGUACUGUCGUGGCAACCGGUUGCUGCAAGUGCUCCUAAAUCUCAGCUUCGUGCUGCCCUUUAUUCUGGUCAUCCUGUGGAUUCGGCCUAUUAGCCGCGAUUACCUGACCGUGCGCGUCUUCCAAGGAAUGCAACAGCCACUACUGAAGCCACAUGUUUUUGAGACACUCCGCCUGCUGCUAGUAAUCUUUGUGGUAGUGGUCCGCUUCGCCUUGAUGCCCAUAUAUCUGCAAUCGUACCUGAAUCUGGCCCACGACAAGAUCAUGGAUCUGCGCAAAGAGGCCGGUCGGAUUACCAAUGUAGAGUUCAAGCAGAAGAUCUCGUCUAUUUUCUACUAUCUAUGUGUUGUGACCCUGCAAUUUGCUGCCCCACUGAUCCUAUGCCUAUAUCUCACACUUAUGUACAAAAGUUUGGGCGGCUUUAGCUGGGCUGGUAUCUUCCGGGAGAGUGUUGUUCUACAGCACGAGUGUGCGGCUAGCGAAACGGAAGGAGCUGGUGGUGCCGUUUCCCAAGGAGAUGGUGACUUUAAUAUUCUUGAGUCGGCGCAAUCGCUGCAGGCUUCAUUUAGCAGCCUGAAAAAUGUUUUCUCCACGGAGGUGUACAAGGGUUUCCUGGGCUUUGCCACCUGGUGGAGCUACUUUACCCUGUUCGCCACUUCCUCGCUGGGCAUUGUCUACCAAUCAUAUUUCAACAAGACCUAGAUACAUUUAAUUAUACACCUAUCCCCGUAGUAGUAUGACUCUGUUCUUUUGUAGUGAAUUUGUACCGCACACGAAAUUGAUAUUAAUUUCUACUCAUGUGGAGAGUAUCGUGAUUUACAAUAUGUUUUGUAAAUAAUACUACCUUUCUCAUUGUUUAUAAAGCGUGUUAUAGACUUUUAACCAGGCUGCCCUGAGAGUAACCAAAGUAAUUACAAAAAUAAAUAAAUAAUCUAAAACAGA